GGGCUAAACAAUUUACUUAUUGAUUAGAGCUCAUAAAUUCACUUCAUUUAAAUCAGACUACUAUUCUCACUAAGCAUCAAGAUGAAAGUUGUUUAUGUUGUCCGAAAAUUACCAGUUAACUUUAUUUUUCAAUUAUUUGUUAAUUCCAUAACACUAUGUGCUACAUACGGACAGAUUCAAAUGGAGAUAACCGAUUCGAAUGGAAUGAACCCUGGGAUGGAAUAUUCUAAUGUUAUGACUGGUGAUUCUAUUCAAGCCACUCAAAUUGGUCAGACUGCAAUAGCUGUAUCUGAUUCACCUCAAGUGUCAGCACCUGUUCAAAGUACAGUUUCUGUAAGUCCAGAUAACACAGGUGGUGAUGUUGCAGCUGGAGGUCAAAACUCAAAUAUCCAGCCAGCAUCUUCAGUUGUUGGAAUUUUCCCAUCAUAUCGUCCCCAAUAUGGACUCCCAGGUUAUUUUCCUACUGUAUCCCCGGGGAAAGGAAUUGUACCCGGUAUCAACUCACCGUCAGACAACAUAAUUGUUGCUUCUUUUCCUGGGAGUACUACAUCUGUCACACAGCCAGGCAGUGCUGUAUUUCCAGGUGGAGUUUUACCAGCCACACCAGGAGUAAAAUCAGGGUCUUCACUUUCUUCAACUGCCGCACUUACUCAGCAAACUGUAGAAUCUGUUUUGUCAUACCUAGCCAUACAUCAUCCGGAAAUAUUUCGUAAAUAUUUAUAUCCUAAGCCCUAUCAAAAGCCGUACAUCGGUAGUUAUGUUCCAAGAUGGUUGAGAGAAAUUCCACCUCCGUACAAAUAUGGUGAUGAUGGAGCUAUCCAAGCAUAUGGAGACGCCUAUCAACCUGAUCCUUUUGAUUAUAAUGAACCAGUUGAUUCUGACCUACACUAUUGGCCAAGAAGAAGAAAACCAUUGGGUGUGUUAAGACGUAGGAGACGAUACAGCCUAUAUAAACGUUUUACUUAAAAACAAAUUCAGUAGUACUUUUUGAGCGUAUACUUUAAAAUAUG